AUGGCACCACGCGAAAACGACUUCCCCCAGGAAGCACUCGGCCUACACCUCGCGACCCUCACGUCCAGGAAGAAGGCGGACUACACCGACAGACAAAUCGCGCGCCUCGACCACUUCAUCAGAACCAAUCGAGGCUUCCAACGUUUUCUCAAAGCCCAUAACGAUAAAGUCACCAUCUCCACGCUCCGCUCCUUCGAUCUCACAGAGCUACGAGUAAUCUUCGGUUGUGAUGGCUUGGAGGGGUGCCAGACUGACAAUGGCGUCGAAGUCCUGCCGAUUCUCGACGAGAAGUUGCGGAGUAAAUUGGCGGCAUAUUGGAAGAAGUUUUUUGUUCUGCAAGAGCAGAAGAAGGCCUUUGACAUGGAAUCUGAUUCAGAUGAGGAUGCUCCACCCGCUCGAGCUGCGAGUCGUACCCGUCAACGCUCUGCGAGUCGCACCCGUCAACGCUCUACGACUCCUUUGGCACUGACCGAGGGAUUGGGAUCUCGUGAGGGAAGCCCAAUAGUUGUGAACAACCAUUACUACAAUUCUGGGGAAUCCCCAACCUGCGCAAGUUUCCCCCGCCGGCGCUCACGUACCUCGAGCGAGCAUCGACCUCGCACCCCAAGCUCCUCCCAACCCAACAUUGCCGCACCGACCCAGCACCAUUCCCAAUCCAGCACCGAAACGUCCGAAGACCUUCCCGCCCUUUACAUGAAGUUGCAUUUGCUCGAGGCAGAGCUUGCGGCUCAGAGAGAGGAGGAGUCUGCACAGGGCAAGGGUAAGGGUAGAGCUACUUCCCGUCAUCGUUCCCCGUCCCAAGUCCAGUUCAAUGAGCGCACUGAAAAGGCGACCUUUUCUGAUGACGAUGAUGAGGAGGACGACAAGAGUUUCACUUAUAAUACUGAUGAGGAUGAUUUUUGUUUCGAGAGUGAUCAUGUGUAUUGA